GAUGCAAAUAAUAUUGAUUUUGAAUUUAAAAAGAAUUAUUCUACUUUUAAUUCUGAAUAUAAUGAAGAAGAAUCAAUUCACAAAGAUAAUUUUGAAGAUUCUAAAUCACAACAACUUCACAAGAUAAAUUAUUAA